CGGCCACCAAUUCCGGAUGGGUGCGACUCUGUCGUCGCCGUCAAUUUGCAGUCGGCCAGCCGGCAGCUCCUCGUGAGGCCGAGACAAGCCCAGCGAAGACGACGAGCCCAGGCGCAUAUGUUCCGCGCUGGUCGGCAUGCUGCCCCGCCACGCGCCAGCAGGCGGCUACGACCUGCCGGGCUCCAGCGCUGUGCCACUCCUCGCUUACCGGCCUCUGUGCGCUCGGCCGCAGGUGCAGGUGGAGUCGUCGCCCAUGAAGACAACGUGGUACUGUCCUCUGGAUGCGUCCACAGUCGCGGAAGAGGAAGAGGAUGGACUUAUCUACACGGUGGUGGUCAAACAAGUGGCUGGCUCGCCCACGUCGUGCGUUUCCCGCAGCAAGUAUGUGAAGGCAGGCACGGAAGAGAAGCUGGCGCUACACCUGCUGCACUCUUUCGCGCUGGGCGACCCGUCCUUUGUCGCCAUCUUCCUGGCGACCUAUCGCUCUUUCAGCACCACGCAGAAAGUGUUGGACGUGCUCACUGACAGGUUGGAGCGGCCGCCCAGCCACGCUGACGACGGACAGCCCAGGAAAUCCUUCAACAGAGCCGUGCGCUCGGUGUUUGGCGCGUGGCUGUCCGAGUACCCCGAGGACUUCCGCGGCCUCCAGGAGCCUUCGCGCCUCCUGCGAUUGGCGCCACUUCUUCCUGGAGACUCACCGUCCGCCGCUGACCUUCGCGCUCGCGUUCUCCGCCUGGCCGAGGAGCUCAGUGAGAAAGCCUUGCUGCCCGACGACGCAUAUCCAGGGGCAGAGGUGAAUGUCGCCAGCAGCCCGUCGUCUCGGGAUACACAUCAGUUCCAGGCCGCCGCCAUUCUGAGCUUCCCCACGGCCGUCGUGGCUGAGCAGCUCACCCGCAUUGAAACGGAUCUGUUCGUGCGCCUGGUGCCGUACCACUGCCUGGGCUCGCUGUGGUCGCAGCGCGACAAGAAAGGCCACGAGGGCGCGUGCUGGUCCGUGCGGGCCACCGUGCGCCAGUUCAACUGUCUGGCCAACGCCGUGCUAGUCUCAUGCCUGAGCGGCAAUGCCGGCACACGGAGGCCGGCCAGGCUGCUGGAGAAGUGGAUCGCCGUGGCCCAGGCGUGUCGCGGCAAGAAGAACUUCUCUUCGCUGUACGCCAUCGUGUCGGCCCUGCAGAGCAACCCCAUCCACCGCUUGAGGAGGACGUGGCAGGACACCGACAGGGAGAUGAUGAAGAAGUACGAGGAUCUGUGCGAGAUCUUCUCGGACAAGGACAACUACUCGCAGAGCCGAGAGUUGCUUAAGGAGGAAGGCACAUCCAAGUUUGCCAACCUGGACGAGCACAUCACCAGCAAGCGCGCUACCGAGUGGGGCGCGUGCCAGGGCACGGUGCCCUACCUGGGCCAGUUCCUGACCGACCUGACCAUGCUGGACACCGCUGUCAAGGACCGGCUGGAGAACGGCUACAUCAACUUUGACAAGCGCCGACGGGAAUUUGAGGUUCUAGCUCAAAUCCGGCUGCUGCAGUCGUCGUGUAAAAACUGCGCCUUGGUACCGGAUGAGGCCUUCCUGCGCUGGUACCGCAGCGUUCCCACGCUAAACGACCAGGAAAGUUACAGACUAUCCCAUGAGAUCGAAGCACCUUGCGAAGCGGUGCCACAAGCCUGCGGCGGCCUGCCGACCGUCGUCAUCACGCAGUGCCCCAACUUCAGCGUCUCCGUGAGCGGCCCGGCCGACGCUCCCUCGGACCCGUCCUGGCCCGUCAACAGCCUGCUCUCCAAACUCACCAAGGUGAGCGCGGGCCUCCUUUCGCCAGCGAGCCGAGCGUGCGUCCGCGCCGUCGCCUCCUCGAGGCGGGUCACAGUUGCAUCCUCGGACGAUCCUCAACUUUUGGAGCAUAUGAGAUCUCCGUCAGUGUCGUGUCUGGAUGUGGACACGUCGCCGCCGCUGGCCAUCAACGGCUCGGCGGCCUCCCGGUUGGUUCCAGGGACUCCUCCCAAAUCCCACCGCCGCUCCGCCUCCUGCGGCAACAACCAGCCUGUCGCCAGCAGCAGGGGUCAGAGUUCGGGCCCCGACAUGCGCAUUAUCAGGAUCCGCAUGGACCUGCAAGAUGGCAACUUGUACCGCAGCAUCCUGGUGACGAGCGACGACAAGACGCCGGCCGCCAUCGGCACGGCACUGGAGAAGCACAAUCAGGACCGGGUGCGGGCGUCAGCAUACGAGCUGGUUCAACUUCUGCCCGAAGGGAAAGAGUUGCUGAUCCCGGCCACGGGCAAUGUUUUUUAUGCCAUGAUGCCAUCCAGCGUGGACUUCCUGCUGAGGCGCAAAGCUGGCGACACGCCCGCAGGCCAAUCGGAGCACAGCGCCGCCGCCACGUAUCCUCGAAUCAAGGCCAAAGGAAGGAGAUUGGCCCGAACUCUCUUUUGAUACCACACCGGCGCAAGCCGCUUUCAUUUCAGUCUUUUUGGCUUUGUCAAUUUAUUCCCUGCCCAUUUUUUUAGGAUCUACUUUGUAUUUCUUGUUUCUGUUUUUAAAACAACCGGAUGUUUUACAGCUUCCACUGAAUGUACUGUGUUUAUUUCUUUCAUUGUUUUUAAAUUUUUGAGUUUAUUUUUCUUUCGCUUGGGUUUUUGUUUAGUGGGUGGGGGAGUAACUGUUUCAUUUUUCUAAGGUAGAUUUUACUGCAUUUGACUUUCAUUUUGCCGCAGCUCCUACCAAAUUAAGAUGAAUCUUUUUUAAGUUAAAGUUUUAAAUUUUAAUUUGCAUUUGUGUGUAUCUAAUGUCUUAUUUUAAACUAUGAUUUCCAAAUUGUGUCUUUCAAAGAGAUUAUUUGCAAAUUCUUGGAGAUUUGUUUGGAUUUAACUCAAAAUGUCAUUUUUCCUACAUGCUCACAAAUUAUCCAUUUUUUUGACUGGGUUGCUUUCCAAAUCAUUUGCUUUCUUGAAUGUUUUCAAUUGGUGCUUUCUGUCAGGGGUGUCAAAUCCAGUCCGCGGGGGCUCCUGCAGAACGUGAGGAUGAAUGAUCAUUUGAAUCAGGUGUGUUUAACAAGGUAAACUUGAGAAACAUGCAGGGAUGCGACACCCAAUGACUGGAGUUUGACACCUGUCCUCCACAUGAAGUUUUUUGCUUUGUUUUGAUGGUGUUGGAAAUGUCCCGCAGUCACUUGUAACGCAUACUUGGUCUUUUAUCACGGCUGUGUCGUGCGACAGGGCAAAGUGCCACCUUUGGUGAGGCCAAGAGUAGCUGACUGGAGGCCACAGCGGCGCCAGUGAACUCAUUGUCUGUUACUGCAUAAAAACAUGUCUGCUUUUGGGUGCCUUUCUGUAAAAAGUGCACCCCCCUGUAAGUAUUUCCAAUAAAUGUCCUAUUUUUGCACAGGCAAA